AUGGAGUUCUUCUCCCGCUUGACUCCCUUCGAGGAGCGAGUCUGGGAGGUCAUUGAGGGGGCCUUGGCUCUCGGGGGGAAGUUUUCACUCCAGGUCUCCCGAGCCACCGGAGCCGCUGCUGCUGGGGCAUGCGAGGCUCUCUUCUCCCCUCUCUGCGAGUCUGCCCCUCUCUCGCAGUCUUCUCCCCUCUCCAGCAGCCAGGACGUCGAGGCCCUCGCAAACAGCGCCCUUUCUCAGGAGCAGCAUACUUGCGAGGCGACCUCUGAGACGCAGGGACCUGAGCAGACCCAGGACACUUCUUCCGGCCUGGUCCCUGAGUUCUCGUCUUUGGCAUUUGGCCUGGCUUGCUGCGCCUCUCAGAGCGCCGCUCCUUCCAGCAGCCAGGAUGGUGAUUUGACCUCGGCUCGCAGCCCCCCGCUUCUCACGCACACAUUCUCCAGCGGGGAGGCCUCUCAGAUGCGGGGACUUGAACAAACCCACGAUGGUUUAGAUGAGUCGGUCCCUGCUCUAGAGAAAGACGAGCUGCUUUGUUCUCAAUUGCUUGCGAGCGCUGAGCUUCCCACACAGCUGUGCGAGCGGGGCUUGUGUGGCGCCACUGAGGGGGCACUGCCUGGGGGUAGGGACAGAGUGUCAGAGGGAGAGGAGGGUGCAGGCAGUGGGAGGUCUCAGAGUUUGCUUCUGGCAGAGCCCAGUCUGGGGGCCUGCCACUUUGAGAGGCUGGACAGGGGGUGCGUGUAUGAAAUUCUACGAAAAUUCACAAACACGCACCUCAAGGACUGUUCCCUGGUGUGCCGCGAGUGGCUCGAGAUCUCCAACGAGGUGCGGUACACCAUGAGACUUGAGAGAGCCCCCCAGACCGCAGCGCUACCCGCCCUGGUCUCGCGCUUCUUGCAGCUGAACUGGCUCAGAAUCUGGGACGAGGCCGCCGCAGCGUGCACGAACGACGUGUUUGUCCACGAUGUCGCGUGCCUUUCGCAGCUGCGGCUCCUUCACGUGCGAGGCUGUGGGGAUCUCUCCGAUGCGGGGCUGGCUGCGGUCCUGAGGGGCUGCCCCGAACUGCACACUCUGAUCCUGGAGCAGUGCGGGGGCUUCAGCGGGCGCGCUUUUGAGGGGGUCCACUGCGGCAAGCUAGAGGUGCUGGACCUCGAGGGGUGCGGCGCGCUGAACAACAUGGGGCUGUGCGAUGUGGCAGAGGCGUGCCCGGGGCUGGUGCAUCUCACUCUCAAAAGAGAGUCGGACAAAAUACCUCUGGCUGUGGGCCUUAAGUAUAUAGCAGAGGGAUGCACUGGGCUCCGAGAGCUUGUUCUCCAUGCCUGCGGGCUGACGGACAAGACUCUCCUGGCCUUUGCCGUUGCGGAGGAAGAGAGUCUAGAAAUUCUGCAGUUUUCCGGGUGCUCUCUCUUGACGGACGCCACCAUCGAGAGUGUCGCCAUCUGA